UCGGCUCGACCUGGAAAACUUGACGAGGGUGAACGGGAGACAUUGUUAAAGCCUUUGUUUCAAAGUGGAUGGAAAAUGGUUGAUGGAAGAGAUGCCAUACAUAAAGAAUUCAAAUUUAAAAACUUCAAUCGUGCAUUUGGUUUUAUGACACGGGUGGCACUUGAAGCUGAGAAGAUGGAUCACCAUCCAGAAUGGUUUAAUGUUUACAAUAAAGUCCAGAUUACAUAUUCAACUCAUUCUUGUGGUGGCCUUUCUUUAAACGAUGUCAAGCUCGCGCAAUUCACUGAUACAGCAUCUUCCUCUAUGGGUGAUGAUUAA